AUGCUUCAUGAAUCUAGACAACGAACGCGUUUUCAAAAGACAUUGAGACAACUGAAAGUUCUUGGGCUUUCUUGGACGCUGAGAUUUCAUUAUAUCUCAUUUGAGACCAUAUGGAAAACUGAUGUUCAGCUCUCGCAAGUCUUGCUCAAUGGCUGCGCUAUCGCUAUAUCAAGGCUCUUCUGGGUAUUACAUCUAUGCUAG